AUGUCUCUAUCGCUGUAUUGUGAUCUUAUGUCCCAGCCUUCUAGAGCUCUUUACAUAUUAUUGAAAAGCAUAAAGUGUAAUUUUGAACCUAAAUUUGUACAUUUGAGAAAAGCGGAGCAUUAUUCUGAAGAAUUUAGUGCAAUAAAUAGAUUUCAAAAGGUUCCUGUGAUCGAUCAUAACGGAUUUAUUUUAACUGAAAGUGUGGCAAUAUUAAAAUAUCUAUCUAGAGAGAAUAUAAUACCAGAAUCAUUGUAUCCAAAAGAGUCUAAGCUGCAGGCACGAGUUGAAGAAUUUCUGGAGUGGCAACAUGCAGGAAUCAGAUUACAUUGUGCUAUGUAUUUCAGGGUUAAGUACUUGGAUCCAAUUCUUUUCAACAAGACACUAGAGCCGCGAUCUUUAGCUGGCUACGAAAGCCGUAUGGAAAACGCGCUAACCGAAUUUGACACGAAGUGGCUAGGCCGUGGCACAGACUUUAUUGUGGCUGGCGAUAAACCCACAGUGGCAGACUUACUAGCAGCCUGCGAGUUAGAACAACCCAGAAUGGCUGGUUACGACCCGGCCAAAUUCAAGAACAUAUCUGUUUGGUGGAGCAAGGUACGGGACCACUUCAAUCCCUACUAUGAUGAAGGACACGUUAUAAUCAAUAAAGUAAUAAAAAAACAAUCUAAAGUAGUCUCUAAAGUCUAG